UGUUGUCAUACGUGAUAUACACACCACGACUUCACGAGAAACAAGAUCACUCGAGAUCGCGUUGCCAAAGUGGCAGCAUCGGUGCGAGCUUGAUAAAUUUUAAUUAAACUAUUUAAUAUAAAUAUUAAUUAAUUAAAAGUAUUCAAUUCAGUGACUAAUAAAUUAAUUUUUUUUAAAUGACAACAAUUGAUCAAUUAAAGUAAUAAAAAAAUUAAAAAAAAAACAAAGUUUUAUUAAUAUCAUAAAAGAGACAAGUUUCUACAUAAGAGUUAAAGAAAAAAAAAAUAUGCUGUUCAAUUAAAGCUCAUUAAGUCUUGUUGAAGAUAUACAUCAAGUCCACUUUGUUCAGUCUCAAGAAUUUGUGGUGAAAUAUUCAAGUUGAAAUAAAGUGUUUUUUGUUGUUGUUUAAAAAAAAAAAAUAAAUAAAAAUGGCAACUGAAUUGCCAAGAGAUAUUGAUGCACAAAUUGUUAAUUUAUUAACAAGAAUAUCAUCAAUUCGUGAUGGUAAUAUACGUGAACGUACAAUUGAUCGUAGACAAUCAAUGUCAAAUGAAAUGAGAAGUCUUGAAUUUUGGCGGGCAGUUGCUGUUGAGUGUUUUGCAACAUUUUUAUUUGUUCUUGUUGUACUUGGUGCUGCUGGUUCAUCAAAUGUUUAUGGUAGUGGACUAUCAGUAUUAGCAACAUCAAUUGCAUCUGGUUUUGCUAUUGCUGCAAUUUAUCUUAUAUUUGGCCAUAUAAGUGGAGGUCAUGUUAAUCCAGCAGUAUCAAUAUCAUUUGCUCUAUCACGUAGAAUAUCAAUACUUCGUGCUGGUUUUUAUUUAGUUGCCCAAUGUGGUGGUGGACUUGCUGGUGCAGCAAUGCUUUAUGGUGUUAAUGGAGCUCAGGCAAUGCCACCAGCUGCUAAUAGAAAUAUUCAUGGUACUGAUAAAAUUUUGCUUGUUGAAAUGUCAUUGUCUGUACUUAUUGUACUUGCUUAUUUAAAAUGUGAAUCAGUUAAAAAAAUUGCUGUUCUUGGAUCAUCAAAACCAGCUGGUGUUUUAGCUGCUGCAUAUACUGCUGCAACAUUAGUAUCUAAUCCAUAUUUAAAUCCUGCAAGAGCAUUGGGUCCAGCAUUUGUAACAAACCGUUGGGAUAAUCAAUGGGUAUAUUGGGUUGGACCAAUUGCUGGUGGUGCAUUAGCAGCAAUGAUACAUGAAUAUGUAUUGAGUCCAAAACGUUCACGUAAUUCACAUGAUAUUGAUGACAUUGAAAGUUCAUCAAUGCGAUCAGAUGAAGAUCCAUAUGAUGAUUUAGAUAAACAAACUGGACCAAAAUAUCCAGGUGGUUAUGCAACAUAUCGUCCAGUUGCUGGUGCAUCAUCAAUAUAUUCACCACCACCAAGUGCAAUUGAACGUGUUGAAUCAAUAUAUGGUGGUACAAAAUCUCUAUAUUGUAAAUCACCACCAUUAACACGUGCAAAUUUAAAUAGAUCACAAUCAGUAUAUGCUAAAUCAAGUGCAUCUGGACGUGAUGGUUUUAUAAUACCAAAACCAGGACCAUUAGUACCAGCACAAAGUUUAUAUCAAAUGAGAAUUGGACAAAGUAAUAUGCCAGGACCAACAACAAGAGAACAACAACCAAUAACAACAAGUAUAACAGGACAAAAUAUAACACAACAACCAACACAAAAUCAUAAUAGUACAAAUCAAAAUAUGCAAAAUCAAUUACAACAAUGUACACAAAGUAUUUAUGGUAUACGUGGUGUUUCAACAAGUGUUAGUACUAGAGAAAAUGGUAUUUAUGGUGUUACAACAUCAAGUAUUUAUGGUAGAGCACCAGCACCACCUCCACCACCACCACCAGUUAUAUCACAAAGUCCACAAGGACCAUCAUCACAAAUUAAUCAACAAGUUCAACAACAACAACAAGUCCAACAACAAGUUCAACAGCAACAACAACAGCAGCAGCAGCAACAGCAACAACAACAACCAGAAGCUUCUGGUAGUGUAAGAAGACCAGAGAGUAUGUAUGGACAUGUAUCAAGAAGAAGUGAUGAUUCAGCAUAUGGUAGUUAUCAAGGAUCAAGCAGAGGUAAUUAUGGAAAAAUACCAGGACCACCACCACCACCAGGCUGGAGUCAUCAUUCUGAACAAAAUAGACCAAGUCCAGUUGCUGGUCCACUUCAACAAAAUCAUAAUCAACAGAGUAAUUAUCAGAGAAAUUCACCUAAUCCACAGUAUUGACUAUAAAAUUAAUAUAUUAAUAUAAUAUUAUUUUUAAAAUAACUAUAAAUAAGAUAUUGAUUUAAAUAAAUAUAAUAAUUAAAUUAAAAAUUUUA